GACAGUUGAUUUUUGUCAUGUUCAGCGAAGUCCGAUCAUUCUAUUCUAUAAUUAUUAAUUAAUGUUUAACGAUGUAAGCCUUAUGAUCCGAGGUUAAUUUGAUAAGAUUAUAUUCAAUGAAGUAAUAAUGAAAUUGUCAACACCAAGAUACACAUUUUGUUUAUUAAGUCAACUUACUUUUAUGUUUUGCGAUCUUAUAUUUAAUUGUAUUAGUUUGUUUUCAAAGAGCCGCGAUGGAUUACUUGUGCUAUUUAUAUUUCAAGAUUUAUUUUUAGUUCUCUCUGUCACUAUAAUGCUGAUAACAUUUUUCUCCACAUAUUUGUUUCAAGCGGGCCUAGUGGAGGUGUUGGUGCGUAAGUUCCGCACUGUGGCCGCUGUCGUCGCGGCGUAUGUGCUGGCCAGCAUCGCGCUGCACGCCGUCUGGCUGCUGGAGAAGUGGGCCGACCCCCGGGCGGUCUCCACCCCACUCCUCAUUAUUCUGUUCAUCUUGCAAAGAUGUUUGUCCCCGUGGUACUACUUCUGGUACAAGCGCGCGGCGCUGCGCGUCGCCGACCCGCGCCUCUACGAGGACGUGGACUGGAUCAGCUCGCAGCCGCUGCCGCAGCCGCGCUAGCCGCUGCCUCCUCAGUUACAUAACUUGUUCACAUUCCAGUUCUACCUUUGUAUUGUUUUCGGCCAAUGUCUGCUGCUAUGUAGAUAUAUAUGUCUUUAGUUAAGUGAAAAUCCCGAAAGUGUCGCUUUUUGCGUUUUCGAUGAGAACAGUAGAGUUGGAGGCGCACAAUUUUUGAUCUCGAUUAAUAUUAAAAGUCAUUAACAUAAUAUUAUGAUUUAGAAACUGGAGCCUUUAGCACAAUGCUGUCGCCCGCCGUUGUGCACUUUGCCUGCUGCAGGCCGCUGUUGUUCUUUUCCAGUUUUUAAGUAAUUCUUUGAUCUCAUUAUUUCUAUAGUUGGUAUUGUAAAUAUCUUAUCUGAAUAAAACUGUUUACUCUUA